AUGUCUUACCGUCCAGGUAACCGUCCCACAGAGUCGAGGAGCAACGGCGUCGCUGCUGGAUUAGAAAUUGAAUUCGACAAUCUCAUGCUGAACUCUUCGGGCGAGCCGAGUGCGCAGUCGCGAACCUCACCCUGGCCACAACAUGCUGCUGCUGCUGCUUCUAGCGGACCAAUGUUCGUGGCGCCGCCUGGCUUUGGACCAAUUCAGUCAGCGGCGGCUCCAAUCCAGAAUGCGGCGGCUCCGAUCCAGAAUGCGGCAGUGCACUAUGGGAACGCAGACCACUUUCAACAGAAGCCGCCAACUCGAAAACGGCCAAACCAGGCUCAAAGAAGACAGAUGAGCUCCCAACUCUCUGUGGAUGUCGACACUCGUAUCUCGAAUCCAUCAUACAAUUGGCAAGCACUCAACCAUGGACCGAAUCGAGCAGGUCCAUCUGCGCCGUUUCCACGCCACCAAUACACAAUGUCGCAUCCUCACACAGACCACUCCAGAUCGCGCCAGCAGCAGGACCAUGUUUCUUGGACUAACGGCCUUGGGGUCCCUCGAAAUAGCAACCUGGUCCCGCAGAGUGGCCCCGGUCAUCCUGGCUAUUUGCCGCAGCAUCAAAAUAGCCAAUUUGAAAACCGCCCGCGUCAUAACCCUGGCAUCCACGGUAAUCGCCAUGGCAGACCGCAGGUCACACGAGAGGAGAUCAUCAGCCAGUCUACGCUCCUCGACAACUUGUGCUCCAAAACAUUAGCCAGCUCCGAAAUUGCUAGGUCCGACAUUGCGGAAAAAGAAACCUUUCGCCACCGUAUUGAGGGAAUCUGUCGCCAGGUUAUUACAGAGCACGAGUGGAAUACCAAUGAAAACCCAGAUUUUCCGCCGCCAUCCGUGGAGCUUAGGUGCUUCGGGAGCUUAGCCUCUGGGUUCGCAACUAAAGCCUCUGACAUGGACCUUGGUCUGCUGUCCCCCCUUUCAGAUCUUCAGCCGGACGCUCCUGGAUCUCCGAUUCCCAGACUCAUUGAGAAGGCAUUCUUGGACGUUGGCAUUGGCGCUCGUCUCCUCAGUCGUACCAGAGUCCCGAUCAUCAAGUUAUGUGAAUCACCGCCAGAGCCUCUGCUAAAAGAUCUACUUGCGAACCGAGCGAAAUGGGAAGCUGGCAUGGACCAGGAUCACAAUGAAUCUCAGGAUGAGGAUGAGCACGUUGCCGACAAAAGCAAUUGUGUCAAAAUCGAGGAAUCUACACCUCAAUCCGAGCAAGGCAACAAUGCUGUUGACUUUUCCACGUUUCAGGUUCUGGAUGAAGAUGGGCAGCUGCAUGACUUUCAUAUCCGGCAAACAUCCAAGCAUAAUCUCACCAGCUACUAUGGAUUGGCAAAACGCGUACUGCGCAAGGCAGGCGGACGUGAUGUCACGUUAUCCAACUGGAGAGAAUUCACACAUCAUGACUGGAAUGUCUUGAAUCUCGUUUGUCGAGCCUUCGUGCACGGUCUUGCAGACGCAAUGCUGCGUCAAAGUUUGAUCAAGUAUCCCUCACUUGCAUUCAAGCUAGAUUCCGGUACCCCACACAAUCGCUCGCUACUUGGAGUAUCUACCCAAGUCGAGGGUGAAGAAAUUAUACAAAUGUGGCAGAAUUGGCCCAUUUCCACUGUUCUCGCUCGACUUGAUCCUCUCCACGGACCCUGUAUUGACUUCUGGUACCGUCUACAAGCCGAGGAGAAUUUCGGCCAGGAUCCCCUCCGGUACACCAAGGAGCUACAAAUCGCUUUAGAGAAACUCAAAAAGCUACCAUCGUUCCAGCUUUUACUAUUUGAGCAGAGCCAACAAGAAUCUGUCACGCAGUACCUCGAACGAAUGUUGACCAUCACCAAGCAUCUUCAGAUAUCCGGGCAUCUGGACGGAAGCAGUCAAGUCCAGCGCGAGGUCAUCGAUAAAUACAUUGCUGGCAUUUGCUACGAGGAUGUUCGCAAUGAUGUCAAGUCGUGGCAAUCCAGUACUGGUACUCUCGAUCUGGGUGUUGUUAGCUCCAAGCACAGGUGUUUGCAACUAGCUGCGGAUCUCGAACGGGCUCUAAACAAGAGAAUCUACGAUGGCGCGGUUGCCGAAGAUGUAAGCCGUGGCAUCGAGAUUUUGCGUGGCCCUUUGAGGGAACCUGUGGGUCAACGCGGGCCACUCGCUCUCGUUGUUCCAAUCGCCAACGAUGAAGUAGAUGCAUUAUUCCGCAGGCUCGAAUCCAUUCCAGACCCCCAAACAGUGGCACCAAACCAACCCCAUGACAGAUAUCACGACCCCCUCGAGUUUCCCGAGCGCGGUGCUGGGGUUCAGUGCGAUCUCAAUUUUUCGGCGCACCUCGCAUUGGAAAACACGCUUCUGCUUCGUUGUUAUUCCCAUACAGACAUGCGAGUGCGACCAAUGGUAUUAUUUAUCAAACAUUGGGCCAAGGUCCGUGGCAUCAAUUCUGGAUAUCGGGGGACACUCUCCAGCUACGGCUACGUGUUGAUGGUGCUACAUUACCUUGUCAACGUGGCUUCACCAUAUGUCUGCCCAAACCUGCAACUCAUCCCUAUCUCCGAGACGGAUGACCCUCAAAUCUGCAAAGGAUAUAACGUGAGAUUUUGGCGCAACGAAAUAGCUAUUAUGCGGCUGGCCGGCUCCAACGGGAUAAACCAAAACUCGCAAACUAUUGGCUAUCUAUUGCGUGGGUUUUUCGAGUAUUUCGCGCAGGGUGGCACCUUGAGCACUAGGCCGAUGCGAGGAUUCGACUGGGGUCGAGAGGUUCUGAGCUUGCGCUCGUCUGGCGGCCUCCUGUCAAAGCAGGAAAAGGGCUGGACUGGAGCAAAAACUGUUUAUCAAGCGCAAGAUCCAAACGAACCGUCGGUGAAGCCGCCAACAAACACUACGGAGGGCACGCUAAGUAGCACGCCUCCUGAUGAAGCAAGGACAACUCCUAAAAGUGCGGUUCCCGUUAAGGAGGUAAGACUUCGAUAUCUGUUCGCCAUUGAGGACCCCUUUGAGAUUGAGCACAAUGUUGCCCGUACCGUCACACACAACGGUAUCGUGUCAAUUCGGGAUGAGUUCCGCAGAGCCUGGAGAAUUAUCCAGGCAGCUGGGCAAGGCAUGCCUCACGAUGACUUGUUAGAGGAUGUUACCCAGGAAGGCGUCAACUUUAAACGGUCUCUCCGUGAAGUAUGUGGGUGGGAGAUGGAGAGAUAA